AUGCAAUAUAAUCCCGUUAUUAUCGAACAACUUAUUCUUUGUUGCCAAUGUGGAAUAGCAAUUGCUCCCAAUCCUUCGAAUAUGUGCAUUAAUUGCAUUCGUAAUGAAGUAGACAUUACCGAAGGGAUCCCAAAACACUCUAAUCUACAAUACUGUCGAAAUUGCGAAAGAUAUUUGCAACCACCAAAUAUUUGGGUUUUAGCAGCAUUAGAAAGUCGUGAAUUAUUGGCUUUAUGUCUCAAAAAAUUAAAAGGUUUAAAUAAAGUACGAUUGAUUGAUGCAGGUUUUAUUUGGACCGAACCUCAUUCAAAAAGGAUUAAAGUUAAAUUAACAAUCCAAAAAGAGGUUUUUGCAUCAACAAUUCUACAACAAAUUUUCGAAGUAGAAUUCGUUGUAAAUUACCAACAAUGUGAUGAUUGCGCGCGUAUAAUGGCAAAGAAUGUGUGGCAAUCAAUGGUUCAAGUCAGACAAAAAGUUAACCACAAAAAAACUUUUUUCUUCUUGGAACAACUUAUUAUUAAACAUAAUGCUCAUAAAGAAACUAUUAACAUCAAAGAGGUCAAGGAUGGGAUCGAUUUUUUUUAUUCUAACAGAUCUCAUGCUGUCAAAAUGGUAGAGUUUUUAAGUGCUGUUGUUCCUGUUAGGACAAAGAAUUCUGAACAACUUAUAUCAACAGAUAUUCAUAGCAAUACGUCGAAUUAUAAGUUUUCGUAUUCCGUUGAGAUCGUUCCUGUAUGCAAAGACGAUCUAAUCUGUUUACCACUCAAAAUUGCGCGUUCUCUAGGAAAUAUAAGGUCUGAUGACCCCUUGGUAAUAUGUUAUCGUGUCGGAAAUUCUAUUCAUGUCAUGGAUCCGAAUACUUUGGCAGUCACAGAAAUUACAACCUCGACAUAUUGGAGAACUCCAUUCACAUCUUUAUCAACAACGAAGACUUUGGUAGAAUAUUAUAUUCUAGAUGUUGAACCAUUAGGGCCGAAGCGUGGCAAAUAUAUUCUUGCAGAUAUCCAAGUAGCGCGGUCUUCGGAUUUUGGGAAAAACGACACAACAUUUUUUGCACGUUCUCAUCUCGGUGGGAUUCUUAACAUUGGAGACACUGCUUUAGGAUAUGAUCUUACAUCCUCCAAUUUUAAUGAUUACUCUUUCGAUACACUCAAUAGAAAUUCUCUCCCUGACGUCGUAUUAAUCAAAAAAUCUUACCCGCAAAAACGCAGGAAAAAUAAGCCUCGAAAAUGGAAGUUAAAAUCAAUAUCAAAAGAACAAGAAGAAAUGGCACCUAGAAAACAAGAUGCAAAUAAAAUGGAAGAAGAUUAUGAGUCGUUUUUGCAAGAUUUGGAGGAAGAUCCCGAAUUAAGACAAAAUGUUAAUCUAUAUAAGUCUAGUAAUGCAAUGAAUGUAGAUACAACAGCUGAAGAAAGUACUGCAGAAGAGGAAGAUUUUCCUGAGAUAAAAUUAGAAGAGUUGUUAGAAGACCUUACACUUGAAGAUACGAUUUAA